AUGCGCCUUCUGGAGCUGGACCGACGGCACGGAUGGGGUGCUGAGCUUGAGGUCUUGGUCUUGGUCUUCUGGCUGCCAAGUGGAACAUUAUACCGGGUGGUCUCCCGAGUGUUUGGGAUACCACGCUCCACUGUCCACCGCAUCGUCCACAGGGUCACUGGGGAGGUGGUGGCCCUGCGUCACAAAGUCAUCCACCUCCCUACCAAUGAUGACUUUGAGGCAGUGACCCUUGGGUUUGCAUGGCUGGGCCACUUCAUAGACACCUACGUGGGAUGGCCUGGUUCUGUCCAUGAUGCAAGAGUCCUUCGAUACAGUCCUCUGUACCAGAGAGGACUGUAUCCUCCUCCAGGGCACUUCAUCCUCGGAGAUGGAGGAUACCCCUGUCUCCAGCGUCCACUCCCCCUCAUCACUCCCUACAAGCGGCCAGUGCAAGGUGUGGGAGCCCAGCGCUUCAAUUUUCAUCAUUCCAAGGCACGUUCAAUUAUUGAGCGUGCCUUUGGAAUGAUGAAAACAAGAUUCAGGGCCAUCUUUUUUCAUGCGCUGGAGGUCCACCACACUUUUGCACCACAUGUCAUCACUGCCUGUGCCGUCCUCCACAACAUCUGCCUUGGGGCAGGAGACACUGUGGCCCUGGAGGACGAGCCAGAGGAGAAUGUAGUGGAGGAUGACGGGGACAAUGAAGUGGAGGCCGUCGCUGGAGCACAGUGGCGGGACCAGCUGUCUGCUGAGCCAGCCCUGCAAACCCAGCCCAUGAACGAUGCGGUUGACAGUGGAUCAGCACCCGAUGUGAGAGCCCCACAUACCAGCCAGAACAUGGAAGACCUCAGUCUCAGCACUCUCGAGUCGGUCCAGGCAGAGAAGGUUGAUUAG